AGGAAAGCGGGGGAAAGGAGCAGCCGGCGAACCAGAAGGGCGUCUCCAAGUGUCAGCGCCGCUCUCCGUGGACUGUGGCAGCGCCGGAGGAGGGAUGGCGCAGACCGAGGUCCCCUCAUCCCGUCUCGGCCUCGGCCUCCUGCUCCUGCUGUCGGGCCUUCGCUGUGCGGCACCCGCCGGUGAGCUGGCGAAUGCGACCGGGCUGGGGCGCGCAAGGACAGAUGCUCUUUCUCUUUGCUAUAAGUUCAUUGUCACACCUAAAUUUGGAAAUCCAUGGUGUCACAUUCAAGGUGAGCUAAAUGGAGAUAAAUUUCUCCACUAUGACUGUGGCAACAAGACGCUAAAUCCCUUUGGUUCUCUGGGAAUGAAACUAAGAGCCAUGGAAGGCUGGGACACUCAGAAAGAAAUUCUUAAUGACCUGAUGGAAGAGGUGAAGAAGAGUCUGCUUGUCCUUAAAACUGACACUUCCCCACACAGGGGUCAUGUCUCCCUGCAGGGCAUGUUCACAUGUCACAGUGCAGCUUAUGGAAGCUCCAGCAGUACCUGGGAAUUCAGCUUCAAUGGACAGAUAAUCCUCUGCUUUGACCCAGAGAAGAGAACCUGGCUCGUUGUUCGUCCUGAAGGUCAACAGUUAAAAGAAAUACUGGAUGAGGACCGAGAUAUACUGGAGACCUUUGUGAAGAUUUCAAACGGAGAAUGUAAGAGGUGGCUUGAGUCAAUAGCGGAGUCCUGGGGUCAGAUGCCAGAGACAACAGCACCACCAGCCACAGCACCACCGACCAUGACCUCAGGCACAGCCCAGUCCACGGUCACAGCCAUCACACCCAUAAUCACCAUCUUAACCCUCGCCUUCUCAGGCAUAAUUGGCAUCCAACGUGAGGUCCUUUAGAGUGAAGGGUGAAGUUGCUACCAACUAGCCCAGGAGAGUGUGUUCUCAUUUGCCUGCUCACCUGUCUGGUUGGUGGCCUUUCUGUCUGCUGCCUUCAAGUCUGGAACACCAGCAGUUUCAAUCCCUACAGCAAAUGCAGUGGCACCAGGUGAUUGUGAUGAUGAUGAAGACACUUUGUUUCAUUCCCUUUACGCCCUUGGGCACUCUGCAAUUCUUAAUGUGGGUGCUGUUUGCCUUGGUGCUAACUGUUGGGAUUUGUGUACAUAUACUUCUGGGUUCUUGAACACAAAUUCUCAGGGAAGGUAAAACAAAUUCUCCUUUUGUUUUGGAAAAUCAGAUAUCUCUGAGCAUCAUGACCUCAUUUGUGAUGUGAUACUGAGUACAAAACUUCAGGGAUUCUUUCUGUAUCAUGUAAAACAACCUCCUAUUUAAUAAUAUAUAUUUUAAAAUA